ACAGAAACAGGUGAAGCUCCAGGCAUUUGCUAACCAUCGGCUGGUGGGAAAACAGCUUUCUCCUUAAAGUUUGUUUAUAUAAAAAAGUUAAGUUAUUUCUAUUUGAACACAUUUUGUGUGGUAUUCAGGACCUGCUUUUUGUUGCUGCUGUGUGGGUGAGAUCCUGAUGGCACAUGUUGACGAGUAACCAGCAAGCUGCAGCGAGAUAACAGAAACAUCUCGGGCUUUUCAUAAAAAGAAAAUGGGGUACCCAUUUUUUCUCCUUGUCAUGCUCAACAUCUGCUCAUUUGGAAGUUUAUUGCAAACAUCUUUUGCAUUGGGCAUCUUUGAUACAGUCCAGACAACUCACACCACAGGUGGAACCAUCACUGGUUUGGAUAAUGCAGAAAGUGAAGUUAUAUUUCAUACUGACGGCUCUGAGGAUGGCAGUGGCCUUAAUCCUAGCAGUGUUGCCUCACCCCAAAGCGAAACGCUAAAAAAGCUUGAACAAGAAACCAAAGAAAACUACCAUGGACCUGGAUUCAAACUAAUUACAGAACCAGCUCUUGUUGAGCACCAUACAGAGGCUCAUAAUCAAGGAGCUGACAAAGCUAAUGCUUCUAUAACAGGAUACUCUCAGUCCACUGUGGUUUCAGAAGAGGCUCUUUUGGAAGGCAGUCAAAUGAUAUCUGAAGAAGAGCUACAGAGUCAUGCAUCUACAAUGAAAUAUGAUCCUCAGACUCGUGGAAACAGUGCUAAACUCACCAUCCAAACUAAUGUCUUUCCCCUCAUGACAAAUCAUUACCUGAUGGGACCUGGAGAGCCCUGUGUGCUUGGUGAUCCACCCUGUGCUGUUUUUAAUAACGUCAAUGGCACCAGUUUACUUUGGGAUGACAUGAAACGCACUCUGGCAUUUGCCUGGGAGCUGCACGUCUAUGGAUCAGCAAGCCUCUUCACACUGAUGGCAGUCUUGGCUCUUUUGGGAAUAGCUGGAGCAUGCACUCUUCCUCAUCCUCUCUGUGACAUCCUGGCCUUGUCAAAUAUUCUGCUAAUUGUGGGUGGUGCUUUUAGAGCUGGCCUCCUUUUACUUGAUCCUUACGGUACCCGUCAGAUCCUGCCACAUGUCACACUGGCGGCUCUACAUAAUCUUCCCCUGCAGCUGCUUCUGUGGACCCAGAUUGCCCUUGCGCUAGUCACAAUGAGAGGGAUACAACUAUUAGUUUUCCCAUUAAAACUGGAGCACCCGUGGGUAGUUGGAUGGGUUGUUCUGUCCCAUUGCACUGCAUUAGUUGCAGCAGACUUAUACUCUUCAACCUUUUCCCCUGUUGUCCCUCUUUUACUGCAAACCCUCUCCCUAUGUUGGGGCAUUCCUUUCUGUUUGUUGAUCCUCACUAAGUCCUUCUCCGAUCCUCAUCCCCUCCACAGGUCCUCUGUACCACAGUGGGUUCCCUCAAAGAGGACAGAAAGGCUUGGAAAACGGGUAAUAGCAGUAUGUGCCUUCCUCGGGUUGCUGUGCUGCAGCCUUCAGAUGUAUAGUCUCUUUUGGCUUUAUGGGCUGCUGGGAAAUUGGAGGCAGUUUGGAUGGGGUUGGUGGCUGAGUCAGUUUUGGGCCAGAAUUCUUGAAUUGGCAUGGGGUUUCUCAUUGCUCUUCUUGGGAUCUUGGAUCUUCUGGACACCAUCUAAGGGUCAUGCAAGAGGUGACCAUGGGCAAAGUGGAGGAGAGGAGUCUAAAAGUGUGGAAGAGAAGAGCUUUUGGCGUAAACUCAAGGCUGCUGUGCUGAAAGGCCCACUGAGAAAAUCUGAAAAAUCCUGGGAAGCCCUGAUUCCUAAUAACUGGGCAAAGUAUAAGCUGUCAAAGGAAGGCAUCAACAACAAUGCCAUGUACCCAUGCAAUGACGAACCAGACCCUAUUGCCAAGGAAUAUUUCUCCGAUCCAAUUAGCAGUGGCAGCGCUGACUCACAGUCUGCUCUGCUGUGGCAAAAGGUUGGCGAGCGGGAAUGUGUACUUUCACUUGUAGAAUUUGACAUUGGCCCCCCAUCUCCUAUUAACCUCAGACGUAGUAUUGACAACGCCCUUUAUCACGGGCAGCUUGUGGCAGGCGGUUUAUUUACACCUCCACCUCCUACUUGGAAUAUGCACACAGAUGGAGACACCGGUGCAACAACGUUCCGUCCAGGUUAUGUUGGCUACAGGUGGAAUCUGGAUACAGAGUCUAUAUCUACGUCCCUUGACCAUUUCCAGGCCAAAGAACCUGCACAGUCACUUGAUUGUAACAGCCUCACUGGGUCUCUUGCAGCUGCCCGAAAGGGAGAAGAAUUCUCAGUGGUUAUGCAUCAGCAUGACUGGUCUGAUGACGACAUCACAGACCUCUGAACUGUGGUCCAUCUUAGGAACCCCUAAUCUGAAAAUAAUGCUACCUUCAAGAACGGACACAAGCAUGAGACAUAGAGUGUAGUGCUCUGUCAGGAUGGGACCACACGAGAGGUGAAGCUGAACUUGUGUUGUCUAAUGAUUAUUUAUUGGGGUCUAUUUUGCUCGUAUUCAUCAUAGAAACUAACAAUGACUAAUUAUAUUUUUCAAAAACUCUCAAUUUACAUGGUAUGUAGGUUUUACAGAAUAUGGUUUUAAUUUAAAUGACUCCUGUGAAUUACUUUAAUUUUGUUUGUUUUAGAACAAAUGCACAGAAAUGUCUGACAAAGUACAAUUUGGCAAAAUGUAUUUUGCAGAGAUAUUUGCACUUGAUGUGGAUACAAUUGAUUAUUGUUGGCCAACCUAUGUCUGUGUUAUUUGUUGGUGUUGAACUGACGAAUUUUAAAUCACCAAGCUUUAAUGUCUUAUGAUCUCAGUUAAAACAUUCAGUUCCAAACUUUGUUUGAGAUUUUUGCACAAAUUAAUAACUCAAUGUGUAUAUUCUGCUAUUUAUUAAUAAAGACACUUUA